ACCAAAACUCAGUUGAUCACUUUGAUCAUCGUCUUCAUACCCAAAAACAACUCUCCCCAGAAAAAGACUCAAAAUCUCAUUCCACCGAACCCAAAAAUGCCGAAAAAGCGAGGCGCAAAGAAGAAGAUUCAUAAACCCGCUGAAGCCCCAGAAACCUCAAACCCCACCCCCGAGGAGGAGAAGGAGAAGAAGAAGAUGAUCUUCCCCAUAAGCAAUUUGCCCCCAGGGCUUUUGCUUGAUCUUCUUUACAGAUUCUAUGCGAAAUCUUUGCUACAACUCAGGUGUUUUUCAAGGUUCUGGUUGGCUCUCAUUGAUAACCCCAUAUUCAGACAGAAUCACGUCAUCAAUUUCAACUCUCCAAGAAACAGACAACUUAUAUGCAACAGUUUUCAUGAUAAGGGCAGGCGCAAACUCGUUGCUUUCUUGAGCGCACAAGGCUCCUACAUCCCUGUCCUCGACGUCGAUCUACACUUCUCUGAGAGGCCUAAUUACCCGAGGAGAAUUAAUUUCAAAGAUUUCUCCAAGAACAUGGUUCUUGCUGGUUCGAUCAAUGGCAUUGUUUGUCUCGUUCAUAGUAAAGAAAUGUGUGGCCGUUUUGUUGCUCUAUGGAACCCUACUAUCCGCUACUGGAAACCAAUCGCCCUUCCACAAACCAGGGCGUGGGAAGGCAUGUCAGUUGGCUUGGGAUUCGACGUGGUGAUGAAUGAUUUCAAGAUUAUAUGCAUUGUUCCAUUUUUGGAUACUGAGGGAGCUGGAUGGUCUCGGGUUGAGAUUUACUCUGCAAAUCAGAAUUCCUGGGAGAAUGUUGAUGAAGAGAGGAUUGUUCGCUUUGUUCCUGUACACCAUAGGCAAAAUUGUAAAUUCAUCGUCCAAGGUGUCCCGUACUGGGUAGGGAAGGAGGCACUAGCACAAACGAAUCUGGUUUUGGGGAGAAUCGAUCCUAGUACUGGGAUGUAUAGGACGGUUUUGUUCCCGGAACACAUCAGGAAUGAGUGUACUGAAGUGCAUGCUGUGAACUUGAAGGGAUCAAUUGCUGCUCUAAUUCAUUCCCCUGGUGAACAUCCCAACAAUAUGGUUGAUUUGUAUGUUCUGGAUGAGGACACUGCUGAUUGGAGAAUGAUGUACAAUAUCGGACCACUUGAGUUCAAAUUCCGACGUCCUAUUCAGUGCUUGAACACAGGAGAGAUUGUUCUAGAGACGUGGGCAGGGUUCAUAGAUAAAGCUGCAAAUGCAGUUCAUCAUUUCUACGACCCUAGAACUAAUCAUGUGUUCUAUAACAAAGAAAUCGAAGUGUUGAAUCCAUGUUGGUCUGAGUCGUACAUUCACGUAGAGAGCCUGGUACGUCUUGAGGGGAUGGUGGAGAUUGCGAAGGAGCACAUUACAAGGAGGAAUAAUCCUAGAAUGGACAACUGGAACGAAUACGUGUCUGAAGAACUGGAAGCUGCAUUGCAUCGUUGACGCGGUUGAGAGUGAAGCUAUAAGAGGGGAUUUAAGUUGUUACUGGAAUGCUUUCUGAUCAUGUAACUUGAGUAGUGUGUGACUAUGUGUAGUGAAAGGGAAGUUGAGGUCUUGUUGUAUGGAUUUGAAUCCACGUCAAAUUUUAGGUUAGUAUGCAACUUUUGUCAGUUGGAUGGGGAUCAUUUGACUUGUGAUGUAGAAAUGGUUG